GGCCCAGCUGGGGGCCGGGGACUCGGUUCCACUCACGCUGCGUGUUCCGGAGGCGGCACGAGGCCCGCUCGGCUCGGCUCCGGGACUCUUUCCCCCCCGGGUCGGAGCCGGGCGCACGCGAACCGGUUAUCGAGCGGACCUGGACGACCGCUACCUCCGUCAUUUCCUGCCGGCCCGUCGGUUUCCGGAUGAAACGAGGAGCCAGGUUUUGCCACAUUAAUGGAAACUAUGACUGGGAACGUAGUGGGAUGGCCAUUCCACUCCUUCUGUAGAGAGAUCUGGGAUUGUCCAGUAAAAUUUCUGCAUGUUUCUUCCUGGAUUGGGACUUUAUAAAGCUUCUAAGAAAACCAGCAUUUUCACGUCAGCACUGCAUUUGCAUUUGCUUUUAAGAAGAUGACUUAAGAGGAAAGAAUACCUUUCAUAUCAGAAGAUCCCAGGGGCGGAACAGACUGCAGCUACUUACUCUUCUCCUCAAGCAGCAUGUUAAGUGGAUUGCUUGACUGUCUACAAUUUGAAAGGGAGGCGACAUCACAACUUUCCCAGAUUGGGAGCAAAAAUAUGGAAUGCGUUUUACCGCUGACUGAACACAACCAAAUGAACUGUACUGACAGUAGUUUGAAAACCAGCAGUUAGCAGUUUGUUCAGGCUCCAACAUUGUCCAGCACUUUCCAGAGCAAACUCGCUGUUUACAAGAACUCUCGGCCUUUUGAAGUUUAUAACCUCAAGCUCUGUUUAUUUAAAAUAUUUCUCAAAAGAAAAGUACCCAGAGCCCCACUUUCCAAAAUGGCCAUGGAUGAGUAUUUGUGGAUGGUCAUUUUGGGUUUUAUCAUAGCUUUUAUCUUGGCGUUUUCUGUUGGUGCAAAUGAUGUUGCCAAUUCCUUUGGUACUGCUGUGGGCUCUGGCGUGGUGUCCUUGAGACAGGCGUGUAUUUUGGCUUCAAUAUUUGAAACCACUGGCUCAGUGUUAUUGGGAGCCAAAGUCGGAGAGACCAUCCGUAAAGGAAUCAUUGAUGUGAACCUAUACAACGAGACAGUAGAAACACUAAUGGCUGGGGAAGUUAGUGCAAUGGUUGGUUCAGCUGUUUGGCAGCUGAUUGCAUCCUUCCUGAGACUUCCAAUCUCAGGAACCCAUUGCAUUGUUGGCGCUACUAUAGGAUUCUCACUUGUUGCAAUUGGUACGAAAGGUGUGCAGUGGAUGGAGCUGGUCAAGAUUGUUGCUUCUUGGUUUGUAUCUCCACUGUUGUCUGGUUUCAUGUCUGGCGUGCUAUUUGUGCUGAUCAGAAUUUUCAUCUUAAAAAAGGAGGACCCUGUUCCCAAUGGCCUCCGGGCACUCCCAGUGUUCUAUGCUGCUACGAUAGCAAUAAAUGUAUUUUCCAUCAUGUACACGGGGGCACCAGCACUCGGUCUGGUCCUUCCCAUGUGGGCAAUAGCGCUCAUUUCCUCUGGCGUUGCUCUGCUCUUCGCCCUUUUCGUAUGGCUGUUUGUAUGUCCGUGGAUGAGGAGGAAAAUAGCAGGCAAAUUACAAAAGGAAGGUGCUUUAUCACGAGUGUCUGAUGAAAGCCUCAAUAAAGUUCAGGAAGUGGAGUCCCCUGUAUUUAAGGAGCUCCCAGGUGCCAAGGCUACUGAUGACAGCACUGUCCCUCUCACGGGGUCAGCUGGGGAAACCUCUGGAGCUUUAGAAGGCACAUCAGCAGGAAACCACCCACGGGCCCCUUACGGAAGGGCACUUUCCAUGACUCAUGGCUCUGCCAAGUCGCCCGUCUCCAACGGCACAUUCGGCUUUGACAGCCACACACGGAGUGAUGGGCAUGUGUAUCACACUGUACACAAAGACUCGGAGCUCUACAAAGACUUGCUGCACAAAAUUCACGUGGACAGGGGGCCCGAGGAGAAGCCUGCCCAGGAAAACAACUAUAGGUUGCUGCGACGAAAUAACAGUUACACCUGCUACACAGCAGCCAUUUGUGGCCUGCCAGUGCACUCUACUUUUAAAGCUGCCGAUUUGUCAUCUGCACCAGAGGAUAGCGAAAAGCUGGUGGGUGACACUGUGUCCUAUUCUAAAAAGAGACUUCGCUAUGACAGCUACUCAAGCUACUGCAAUGCAGUGGCAGAAGCCGAGAUAGAGGCAGAGGAGGGAGGUGUGGAAAUGAAGCUGGCAUCUGAGCUGGGGGAGCCUGGCCAGCCUCAGGAGGAGCCCGUGGAAGAAGAGAAGGAGGAGAAGGACACAGCUGAGGUCCACCUGCUGUUCCACUUCCUGCAAGUCCUUACUGCGUGUUUUGGAUCCUUCGCUCACGGUGGCAACGAUGUGAGUAAUGCCAUUGGCCCCCUGGUGGCUCUGUGGCUCAUUUACGAACAAGGUGGAGUACUGCAGGAGGCAGCAACUCCUGUCUGGCUGCUGUUUUAUGGAGGAGUUGGCAUUUGCACAGGUCUCUGGGUGUGGGGGAGAAGAGUGAUCCAGACCAUGGGGAAAGACCUCACUCCCAUCACACCAUCCAGCGGCUUCACCAUCGAGCUGGCCUCCGCGUUCACGGUGGUGAUUGCCUCCAACGUCGGGCUCCCGGUCAGCACCACUCACUGCAAGGUGGGCUCGGUGGUGGCCGUGGGCUGGAUCCGUUCCCGGAAGGCCGUGGACUGGCACCUCUUCCGGAACAUCUUUGUGGCCUGGUUUGUGACUGUCCCCGUGGCUGGGUUAUUCAGUGCUGCUAUCAUGGCCCUUCUCAUGUACGGGAUCCUUCCGUAUGUGUGACGUGUCUCCUUCCAGCCAGUGAUCAAGCGAAGGGGUGGCCUGGCGUGGGUGUGCAGGGCAGCGCGUGGCAGGUGUGGGCACGGUCAAGGCAGCACACCUCUCACCAGGCUAGGGGCUGCCUCCUGGCCGUGCCUCCACGUCCCUCGCAGAUGGCUCCAUCCAACACUGUCCACCCAGGCUGCAGAGAUUCAUCUUCUGGAGCUAACUUAACUACUGUACAUAAUAAUGUGUAUUAAACUGGUAUCGUGGUGAUAUAAUGUGGUACAGUUAUAUAUAUAUAUUAAAUAUAUAUUGUAUACAUAGACUAGGUAGCAUUAUUUCAAACAUAUUCAAAACAGGAGUGGAAAUAAUUACCUAGAAUUAAAUAUUCAGUAAAUCUUUGUACAUAAUAAUUUGAGUGGCAAUUUUUAAGAAACUUUUAAAAGGAAAGUCUAGAUUGGAAAUGAUUUUUUUUUCCAAAUGUUUUUUUUCCCCCAGAACCAUUUAAUAUACUGUAAAAUAAGUGAGACACAGGAUGUAUUUGGGAAGGUGUAUGUAGGUCAGUGUGCUAUUGAAUAAUACUGGAACAGGAGUUCACAAGUGCUUUCAUUGAAGAAUAUAUACUGUGUAUUGGUUAUCAUGUAAUGUAUAAUUGCUUUUGUAAAUACUUAAAACAGUAAUUUUUUAAUGGUGUGCUUCCCUUAUACUUUUUUGAUCAGAGAAUUUUAGAAAGUACCAAAGAAGCAGGGGAAUAGUUUGCCAGUAUUACAUUUUCACAUUGUCUCCUCUUCUCAUUAAUCACUACCAUUAACCUGGGAACAGACCAGCCCUGUCAUAACCGCCCCCCGAGGACCGUGUCUGACCGAGGCCCGGGUCAGCCCCACACACGUGUCACACUCUACGUCUGUGGCCCACCAGCAGCACCACCACCGCCAUCUACCCACAGUGGUCUUUCAUUCUGUCAUCAGUGUAGACUGUAUCGAGACGUGUGAUUAAACACUACAUAUCAAGUCCAGUUUAGAUUUUUAUCCCUUAUUCUUCGUGCAGCUGGAAGAACAGAAUUCUUGUCUCAAAUACUGAAGCUAAUGAGUGAGGCUUUUUACGUGCUUUGGCAGUCUAGAAAUUGGGGGGGUUGGGAGGGUUGAUUUGAAAUAUUAGAAAAUACACUGGAUUUAAGGAUUUCUUUGAGGCCUUUACUAAGCUGAACAUUUUGAUGCUCUACUGUAGUCCCAUCGGAUUCUCUUUUUUGAUAGUGGGAGGGAAAAAGUAUGACUAAUGUUAGAGCCUGAAACUAUGGAAAUGCUGCUAAAAUUUUUAUAUUGACAUUUUAUCGGUACUUCAUUGUGAUUUUUCAUUAAUCAACCAUAUUAAAUUUAUAAUAAAAAAUGCCCCUCAAAACUGCC